UGGGAGGAGUGCAGGGAUGGGCAGGGGAUGAUGGGUUGUGGGGAGAAGAGGCUGUGGCCGCAGGUGGAGUAGAUGUAGAAUUUGUGGCAGCACAUGAUGGUGUUGGUUAUUGUUGUUGCAGUGUUGAAAGACUACGCAUGGCAAGAUGGCUCGUGAGUGUAAUACUCGCAAUCCGAUGGUCUCGACAUGACGACUUGAUUGCUCUUUGUCAAGCCGGAUGCGCGGGUGCGGACAAAGACAUGUCGGUAUGAGAGCUGUCUUUGUCUGAAGACCUCGCCGUCUUGGGCGAUGUUCUUUCAACACCAGCGAAGAAGACCAGCUCCACCACGUCGUCGUUGCUCAUCGCUUUUGCACGUCUGACAAACCAUCAUUAAGGCACUUCACUGGUCUGGAGCAAUGGCCGGGAAAGUCAAGUACAAACCCAUGCCCCGUCAUACACACCCAGCGCACAGAAAACUGGCCAUCCGCUCAGCACAAGCGCCGCCUUCUCCUACCGCAAUCACCACCACUUCCCCCUUGAAUGCCACCAACACGACAGUGUACCCAAAACUAACAACCGCCGGAAUCGUCUGGCUAACAAUCCUAUCGACAUUCGUCAUCGUGUCGAUCGUCACCGUUUGCUGGCUGCUCUUGCGCUGUCGAAGAGGCGCAGCAAGAAAGCAACGACACCCCAAUGGACACCGGUAUCAUCCCUCGCUCGAGGUGAGCGAUGGUCGGAACGAGUUCGCGGUCUGGAAUAAGAAUGCGAUGGACAGACGGAGUAUGCUGGCACAGCCGCAGGCGAUUGCUAUGGGCAUUAGGAGGGAGCCGCAUCCUGGAGUGCCCGUCAUUAUCGAUGAGGUGCACGGGAGGCCGGAAACGGGAAGAAAGAGAAAGGGGAGAUACUAUGGUGGUGCUGCUGCGAGUGGAGGGAACCGGGGAACUUGGGGAGAGGCAUGGAAGAGAUUUAGCCAGAUUGGGAAAGCGUAUUGAGAGGUGUUAUUGCUGGUGGAGUAGAUACAAUCCCGUCAUGACCAUCAUUGAUCUGAUGUAAUGAAGAAUGAGAGCG